AUGCCCGCGCGCAAGAGCACCGCCUCGGCCGCCGACGAGGAUCCUGGCCUCAGCGUCGAGGACCUCAACCUCCCCAAGACCAUGGUCAACCGCUUGGCCAAAGGCGCCCUUCCUCCAAACUUCAACGUCCAAAGCGUCGCUCAAUCCGCCGUCUCGAAGAGCGCUACAGUCUUCGUGAACUACCUUACUGCCCAUGCCAGCGACAUCGCCGCACGCCAGAACAAGAAGACAAUCCAGCCCAAGGACGUCCUCGACGCGCUCAAAGAGCUCGAAUUCGACAUGUUCAUCGACCGCACCAACAAUGAACUGAACAAAUACCAAGAAAUCCAAUGCACCAAACGCAACACCUACCGCCGCCGCGUCAAGGACGAAAAGCGCGCCGCCGAAUCCAACAACCCCCACGGCGACGACAGCACCAUGUCGCUAGCCGACACGGGUCCCAGUGCCGGUGCCGGUGCCGGCGCCGCCGGUGGUGGAGGUGCCAGCGCGGCGGCGCUCGCGACCGCGCUCGCGACCGCGACCGCCAACGGCGAGACCCACGACGGGGACGAGAACGGCGAGCGGGCGGCGAAGAAGGCGCGCGUGGAUGCGAACGGGGACCAUGACAUGGAUGACGAUGUGGGCGAGGAUGAAGGGGAGGAGGAGGAGGAGGAAGAAGAAGAGGAGGAAGACGAGGGGGAGGAUGAGGAGGACGAGGAGGAAGGAGAUGAGGAUGAGGAGGGGGAAGGGAAGGGCGAUCAGGAGGAUUUGUUGGAGGAGAAGGCGGCGAGAGAGGAUGAAGACGAGGCGUUGGAUGGGGAGGAAAGCGAUUAA